CAGCCGCUCGCUCGCCUCUCGCGCUGCAUCACUGGCAGAGCUCUGGUUUGACACUUGACGCGCUUCCUCCUUCGCCACUGCUGCCGCACGAAUCAGUGAGGUUUUCGACUUUGGCAGUGCGGCACUCGGUCGCAGCCAGAGACAGCCAGGCACGCGAUGUUCUGAGCACAAGUGCACAAUUCCCAAGUGAAAACCGAGAGGAAGCAAAGGCAAGUGCGAUAUCGAGAGGAUCGGCGAUGGCAGCAGCUGCGAUUUGCUCUUGGCGCUCCUCGACUGCCGGUCGCAGCUUCUAGCAGUGAUUUCUUUUAUUGUCGGGCUUGAUUCGAUAAUUGGGCAUAUCGUAGCGUUUGUUCUGCGUUUAGUGCGAUAUACACUGUUGGUGUGUCUGUGUCGUUGUCUCUCUGUGUCUGCCUCAGCACUGCAGCUGCAAUUAUAUGCCGAGGGGAAGGCUGCUCACGGCGAAUCAUGUUUGCGAGCACCGCCAGCGAGGCCCACUCGAUCGUCUUUCUUCUGCUGUUCUGCAAAGUUGCCGGCCUUGGUCUCCUUCUGGAAGAGGAAAAAGAGCCCAGCUACCUUACCGCAGCCGUCGGCGAGUACGUCGUCUUCAAUUGCGAUCUAGACUUCCCUCACGAGAUACCGAUACCUUACAUACUCCACUGGAAUCGUGAUGGCCGGACGGUGUUCUCGUGGUACGAAGGCUCGGGCUCUACGGGCGACGGCUACGCGGGCCGCAUACAUCUGAUCGACGACGCCCAAAGCCGGGGCUACGGCCAAGGCAGCGUCAAUCUUACCAACAUCAGGGAGAGCGAUCAGGGCUGGUACGAGUGCAAAGUCAUCUUCCCCAACAGGACACCCAGCUCUCGCAACAAUGGCACCUGGUUCCAUCUGGCCAUCGACGGUGUGUUGCCGCCAUCGCCCAAUGUUCCAGGCGAGACGCUUCUGGCUAUUCCACCCAUUAAUAAGACAAUCAUGGAGAGUGACUCGGUCUCCUUUGACUGCGUCGCCAAGAACAAUAAGUCGACCAUCACAUGGUAUAGAGAAGGAGUUGAGAUUAUGAAACAGCAGGAUCUUCGAGAAAGAGUUACUAUCAGUUCAGAUGGUAGCUUAAGCAUCAAUCCGACUUUCAUGGGUGAUCUUGGUGAAUAUAGCUGUACCGUACAAAAUGAAUACGGUGAAACUCAGAGUGCAUCAGCCUAUUUAAAUGUGCAGUAUAAAGCAAAAGUUAUCUAUGCUCCAAACGAAGUUUAUCUACCGUACGGGAAACAAGCUCUUCUGGAUUGUCACUUUCGAGCUAAUCCACCUUUGACUAAUUUGAGAUGGGAAAAAGAUGGCUUUCUUUUUGAUCCUUAUAAUGUACAAGGUGUUUUUUAUCGAAGAAAUGGUUCGCUGUUCUUCAACAAAGUUGAUGAAAGCCAUGCUGGAAGUUACACUUGUACACCAUACAAUGCGCUAGGCACUGAAGGACCGAGUCCUCCAAUAACAGUCGUAGUUCAACGACCACCGGUGUUCACCGUUACUCCACAACAUCUUUAUAUGCGAAAACUCGGCGAUACUUUGGAAAUUCCUUGUGAUGCCAGAGACGGUGAUCAAAAUCAUAGACCUACAAUCGUUUGGUACAAGGAUGGAACGCCCAUACCAUCGGAAAGGAUAUUAAUGAGAGGCGGGAAUUUAACAAUUGAGAGAAUUCAAGAGCAGGAUAGAGGGAUGUACCAGUGUGCGGCUAGUAACGAAGCAGCAACGGUGGUAGCAGAUGCAGAGUUGAUGGUAUUGAAUGUACCCCCAAGAGCACCUUACAACUUGAGUGCCAACAGUACGAAAAAUGCCGUAACACUCACUUGGGUACCAGGAUAUGUUCGACCGAAAAUGGAAUACUCAAUUUGGUAUCGGCCUACCGACACUUCUGAAUGGAGAACAAUGAAAAUAGUAUCCAGAAAAAUUACGGAAGCUACUGUUGCAAACUUGAAUCCUGGUAAAGAAUACGAAUUUAUGGUACUUAGCCAAGAUAAACACGGCGACGGAAUGUUCAGCAAAACUGUGCGAGUAUUUACACAACCAAAUUCCAAUAAUAUGAACAUUGCAUCAGAAUUCAGAAGUUCAAAAGAAAAUGAUGACGUGGAACCACCUCAUAAUGUUCGAGUUCAGCCAACAGUAGAAGGUUAUUUAGUUACUUGGGAUCCCCCAGCGAAUGGUAAAGAUCAAAUCAAAUUCUACACAGUUAGGUGGUUUAGAGGAUCUUCAGAACACCUGUACGGCAGAGCCGAAACUACAGAUACUUAUUAUCUUGUGAAAACACUGGAAGAAGAAAACUACUACACUUUUGAAGUUAUAGCUACAUCUGUAUCGGACGACAUAGCAGUUAGCGAGCGUUAUACUUUAGAAGUACCAGCAUACCGAAGGAAUCGUGCCAUUUCUAUGGGCAUCAUUGCUGGCAUCGGCUUCUUAGCCGCGGCAAUGGGAGCUAUUUGGUGGGCAAAAAGGCGCUUCUGUCAAAAUCCGCCGGAAGAAAAAUAAUUAAGCAUCAAUUUAUCUACUAUAAUUCAUUAAGAUUGAACGUGGCAAAUAUAAUUUGUUUAUUCACCAGUAAGUUCAAUUUGAUAUUUUCAAUAUAAGCGAGUUUCUAAGAGACAGUCUUAAUUUAUAUCUUUUAUUUCUGUAUUAAUACUUUGUAUACAUAUAGAUCUUUGUAUGUGACAAGUGAGUCAAUGCGUUGUAAAAACGUAAAUAAUAGAAGGUUAAUAACAUUAAUUCAUUUAUUAUAUGAUUUGUUAGUGCAUAUAUGAAAUUGCAAUAAACUACAAUUUUUUAUAAUUA